CUUUAUAUUUUCGUGGUUAAUAGAACUACUACCAGUUCAUCAAGUUAACAGUUAACUGCUACAGUGUACAUAAUUAUCAGACAGCAAUAGUAUAUGAUAAGAUCAUCAGUCAUGUUCAUAAGAGAGUGCUUUAAACAUACACAAAAAUUAUACUGUAAUAAAAAAUAGAGAAGGGGACUGCAAGCAUUUCUCUCUCACCUAACCAGGGGCUACCACUGAUAACUCCACAUUUUCUAAUUCCCCCAGUUUAAUUUGUGUCAAAAUCUAUACUUACAGAUUUUGUAUGUACAGCAUUCUUCUGGGUAUCUGUUAUUUGCUUCAGGGUUUUCAAGAAAGUGGUGGGUGCUGAGUGUGGUGUUUGAAAGCUCUAUCUGAGCUUAGAUUUGGACUCACAUUUGCCUGUAAAGAGAAUACCCAGAUGGAAAACAUGCUAAAGUUUUGAAUAGUCUGUAGAAGAUGGCUACCGGUCUGAACAAGGGGCUAUCUAAGGAAUCCAUCCUUGGCCUCGAGGUCUGGGAAAUUAUAGGCAUUGUUGUGGGAAUAUUUAUUGUGGUAAUUCUUUUGGCAUUAGCAUACUAUCUUACUUCACGAAAGAAGCUGAAAAGAACAAGAGAAAGUAUUCCUGUUAGCCAGAUUCCAACUAUUUCGAAGGAAAUUCAAGAAGUGAAGGUAGAGCAAGUUGCCGCAAAUGAUUUUGUUCCACGUGAAGGAAUUCUUCUCACAAUUCAUGAUAAAACUAAUAAUAAAGAAGCCGAUAAAGUAUUAGUUCAUCUAGGAUUGGGAAAAGCAAAGAAUGGAGAUAAUAAUAGCAGUCACGGUUCUUUUAAUCAUCUGGAGAAAGAUGGCAGAUCCCAAUCUGGAGAAGAAGGGAGUUCUGGUACAUUUGCUGCGUAUACACGAACUUCUUCCCAUCCAAUAACUGCCCCUUCUCCUUUAAGUGGGCUACCCGAAUUUUCCCACUUGGGUUGGGGUCAUUGGUUUACCUUAAGAGACCUUGAAGUUGCAACAAACCGAUUUUCGAAGGAGAAUGUGCUUGGUGAAGGUGGUUAUGGAGUUGUGUAUAAGGGACAUUUAAUUAAUGGAAGUCCGGUGGCAAUAAAAAAGCUUUUUAAUAAUCUGGGUCAGGCAGAGAAGGAAUUCAGUGUGGAGGUUGAAGCUAUAGGCCAUGUGCGCCAUAAGAAUUUGGUUAGAUUGUUGGGAUACUGCAUCGAAGGAACUCAUCGGAUGUUAGUAUAUGAGUAUGUCAAUAACGGCAAUCUAGAACAAUGGCUUCAUGGAUCUAUGCGUCAACAUGGAUAUCUUACUUGGGAGGCUCGGACAAAGGUUCUUCUUGGAACAGCUAAAGCUCUCGCGUACUUGCACGAAGCAAUUGAGCCAAAAGUGGUUCACCGAGACAUUAAGUCUAGCAACAUACUGAUUGAAGAUGACUUCAGUUCCAAGGUUUCUGAUUUUGGUUUGGCAAAGUUACUUGGUGCCGGAGAAAGUCAUAUUACAACUCGCGUCAUGGGAACAUUUGGGUAUGUGGCUCCUGAGUACGCAAAUACAGGCCUUCUAAAUGAAAAGAGUGAUGUUUAUAGCUUUGGGGUUGUUCUUCUAGAAGCUAUCACUGGCAGAGAACCUGUUGAUUAUGGGCGUCCUGCUCAAGAGGUUAAUCUAGUUGAUUGGCUGAAAAUGAUGGUUGGGAGCAGGCGUUCAGAAGAGGUGGUGGAUCCAAACAUUGAAACAAGGCCAUCGACAAGAGCCUUAAAGCGAGCCCUCUUAACUGCUUUGCGAUGCGUUGAUCCAGAUUCUGAUAAGAGACCUAAGAUGAGCCAAGUUGUUCGUAUGCUUGAAUCAGAGGAGUACCCCAUACCAAGAGAGGAUCGCAGACACCAUCGAAGAUCUGUGGCUAGCAGUGUGGACACUGAAUCUCAGAAGGACAACUACGACACAGAUAAAAGCGACAACCCAGAUUCCAGGUCGGAGAGCAAAAGGAACUAAAGAACAUUUAUUCAUCAUGCUCGGACUAAUCAAUGGUAACUGGCUAAUGUUUAUCAAAUUCAGGAGGCGUAGUUGAUAUUUUUGCAAAAAAUAGACCAAUUUGAUGGAGCGUUCAGGAACCAGUUUGGAAAAUGUUAGUUCAACUCCUCUUUUUUUUUUUUUUUUUUUUUUUUUUGUCUCUCUCUCUCUCUCUCUCUCUCUCUCUCUCUCUCUCUCUCUCUCUCUCUCUCUCUCUCUCUCUCUCUCUCUCUUAAAUUAGAUUUUGAGAUGGUUGUUUUAUCUGUAUUCCCGGUGAGUAUUUUUUUUUCUUUCCAUUAGUAAGAUUGGGGUGUGUGUACAGAGGGGUUCUAUGUACAGGUAUGGACAGAUGAUUUUUUUGUUAUUAAACAUUCGUUAGAUAAUGGUUUUUUUUAU